AUCAAACAUGGCGGGUAGCGUAGCGAGAGUUAGGAAUUAGAAGACUGAUUAUGCAAUCUAGUUGCAAGUGUUUCGUGUUUCUAAAGAGUCUAAUGCUAAGUUAAAACUUGUGUGCGGUGUGCACAUGGCACGGCCGCAUGUGCCUCACGAGAAGACUGCUCCAAAAGACUGAAGAUUCAGAGCGCAACUUCUGGCCUGAAAGCAGGUCCGGCGAUGGACGCGGCCCGCGGCGCGGACACGGACGAGGCGGAGGAGGGCGACGAGCCGGACAGCGCCAGGACGCCCGGCGGCGCCACGCAGCACCUGCCCAGCUCGAACCGGCAGAUGCGCAACAUGGCGGAGAAGAUGCGCAGGGACAAGCUGAACACGUACAUCAGCGAGCUGGCCACGCUCGUGCCCAUGGUGGCCAAGUCGCCCAAGCGCAUGGACAAGACCAGCAUCCUGCGCCUCACCGCCACCUACCUCCGCAUGAACCGCACACUGACGUGCGCGGACAAGGAGAAGAUCCAGCUGCCCAGUUUCCUGGACUCGUCGUGCCUCUACCCUCAAGGGUUCCUGGAGGACAUGAAGGGAUUCCUGCUGGUCGUCACCAUGGCGGGCAAGAUCGUGUUCGUCACGCACACAGUCGAGAAGCUGCUGGGACACUCCCAGAAUGACUUGUUCGGCCAGUCGCUGUACAACAUCACCUGUCCCGAGGACCACGCCGAGCUGACCAGGAACCUCACCCCGGACCCAGAUCCUUCCGCGCCGGACAUCUUCGCGGGCGCGGCGAGCGGCGCCGACGACAGCAGCUCGGACGACGCGUCCAGCUCGAGCAGCCAGCAGAGCGGCGGGGGGCUGGUGGUGGCCGUGCCGGACGGGCCGCCGCCGCCCACGGAGCGCCAGAAGCGCUGCUUCCACCUGCGGCUGAGCCAGCGCGCGGCGUCGCGCGGCGAGGCGCCGCAGUACGAGCUGGUGCGCGCGCAGGGACACCUGCGGGUGCCGCAGCUGCCGCGCGAAGCAGAAUCGUCAAGCAGCAAAAUGAAAAACGACACAGUGUUGGUGGCAGUGGUGACACUGUUCAGUGAAACACACAUUGCGGAUAUGACCCUGAUGGAGGCCACAAGGGAUGAGUACAUAACACGACACCUUAUAGAUGGUCGCUUCAUCUAUUGUGACCACAGGAUAGCAGUUGUUUCUGGAUAUUUACCUGAAGAAGUAUCCGGUGUGUCUGCAUUUAAGUUCAUGCACAAGGAUGACUUCCUUUACACCAUGAUUGCACUGAGACAGAUGUACGACCGGUACGGACAAGGCGAAGGCUACGGCAGCAGCGUGUACAGGCUGAGGUGUAAGAACGGCCAGUACAUCUACAUGAGGACCCACGGCUACGUUGAAUACAGCAAGUCAACACAUCAGGUCGAGUCUUUCAUCUGCGUCAAUUCUCUCAUUUCGGAAGAAGAAGGUGUCUCAGGGCUGAAGGAAAUGCAGUCCAGGUACUCUGCCAGCAUUAUUGCUACGGGUCGUGCUGCCCUGAUGGGUAUGGCAGCUUCACCCGAGGGCGCAGGUCUUGGAAGUGGGUCCGACAAGCCAAGUACCUCGGAAGAUGUCCCGCAAGCUGAUGGACAGGACCCUCUCGACCUGGCCAUCUCUCAACUCAUCUCCAACUUCCCUUCGCCUGCCGCAGGGGAAGACCACAACGACAUCGUGAGUCCGCUGCCGGACAUACAGUACAUCAAGGUCGUCAACUUCUCCAAGGCCAUGCCGCCGCCCCGACUCCAGGCGGCGAAAGCGGGUGUGGUCGACACGCCCACGCCCCACCACGAGAAGAGCGGGAAGAGGAGCAAGAGCAUAGAAUCUCCGGAGUGCGUCUACCCCGUGUCCCCUGCCCCGAGCACUCCAGAGACCGCAUCCAUCUGCUCCCAGGACCGGCCGACGGUGUUGCGCGAGAGCGUGAUCACGGAGCGGCCGUCCGUGUUCUCGGUGAACCCCAUGGCCCGUGUGUCUGUCCCAGUCGUCGCCCCUCCCGUCAGGACAGAGAGCGUGUGCGUGAAGCAGAGUGCCAUCGUGGCGAAUACCACAGUUCUGAAGAGGACCAGCAGCGUCACAGAUACGGACGGGAUCUCGUCCGCGUCCAAGCGUCCCCACACCAGUUACCGUUCGUGCAGGUCAGAGCUCGAGUCGGACGGUCGCGAAGAGACCGGGGAGAGCGAGUGGCCGAGGAUGACCCCCGAGCAGCAGCACAGGGUGAUCAUGAUGCGAGAGACGAGUCCCCCGAGAGCAGUGCCCAGCUUCCUGGCGAGACGCUACUCGUCGCAGAGUCCUCCCCCGCCCUCUCCUCCUCGCACCAGGAGCCCAUCCUCGCCUCUCGAGAUCAUCCUGGACCAGCGGUCGCCCUCCCCCUUCCAUGCGCUGGACUGCCCCAUGGAGGGAGGUGACAUGCUGGGCUACGAGAGCAUAGUAGUGCCUAGCCCUCGAGGCGAGAACAAUCUCCUGUCGUCCAUCUUCAUGGAGCAGGACAACGGGACAGAUUUUGUGGAAGAAAUGUUGGCGGGGGGUGUGGACGUGCUUUCAGGAAGUGCGGACGUGCUGAGGGCGGGUUUGAUCCUCAACGUGCAUGACGCGCUGUUGGCGGCGGGGGAGCGCGGGAAGUGCCCGGAGGGGAGCGAGUGCCCGCCGGCGUCUCCUCCCCCGCGCCCCGAGACGCACGGCGCCGCGCUGCGCCUGGUGGAGGAACAGCUAGCGCGCAGCCACGACGCGCUGCAGUCGCGCAUGGACCGCCAGGGCUCGCAGCUCAGCUCCAUGGUGCAGGGGCUGAGGCACGUCCCGCGGGCCGACAAGGUGUUCGGCCCCGACAUCACCGAGCUCAAGGCGGAGCACCGCAAGCAGCAGCUGCUGCUACACAGCAUCCAGCAGGACCACCGCGGCUCUCACUGCAAGGAGAAGCUCAAGGUGUGCACCGUGAAGCAGGACGUGGGCGUGUGAGCCAGCCGCGCGCGCACCGUGUCACGUUACCGCUUCCCGAGCUCACCGUGCCGUCGCCUGCUCGCGUUUCAAGCAAAAAGACUGAGAGACGUUCGGGAAAAGGGAUUUCGAACGUCUCCUCGACUGUCUUUGUCUCAUGUCCGUAGAAGUGAAACUUAUGUAGAGUCCUACAUCAUCUGACUUAUCCCGGUAUUUUGCAUCAGCUGUGGAAGUUUUUCAACCCCAAAGGCGCAGUUUCGUGGAGGGUGAAAUUCUGGUGGUUGUAACUCUGCUUGUCUUUCUAGAAAUCAGCUGAGCUCUCCUUCCUAAUUGGUAUUAGAUAAAGAAUGAUUAGGAGAUUUCACGGUCAUGUAUAAUUUUUGUUAAUUUUACAGCAUGAACAUACAGUAAAGUCCCGUUUAUCCGAUCCUCAGUUGUUCGGAUGGGAUUUAAUCACCGAUAUGUUUUGUUUUGUUUUGUUCAUCCUAUCUCAGUUUGACAAUUCACUCAAAAAACUAUUUUUUGCUCUAAAAAAGUUUUUUUUACUAGCAAUAUGAUGUAUCAAUAUAUUUUCAGCAUUUCAUGUGCACAGACUGUAUAUGAUUUGUAUAUUUAGUUGAUAGAAAACUUGUUCAGUCAUUUAAGCAGGUUUUAUAUAACAUUUUGUAAUCCCUGAAACUUUUAUAGCCAGGAAGUAAGACAGGCUAAUAGGUUCUAUAAUGGGAAUUCUUUUUCUGCCUUUCUUUUUUAACAUGUAAUUCUUUUUGUAUUAUGUAAUGCAGUCUGUCGUGGCUCCAGUAUGUGCUAUCAUUGCUCUCAUCCCCUAUUCAGGUUACUAUCAUCGCCUUUUCAUAUUACGUUCAUUACCUUUUCAAAGUCAGUCAUAAGUGGCUAAAAUAUUGUUACCAGUAUUUUAUUUACAUUUUACUACUUCUCGUGUUUUUGUGAUAAAAUUAUGUUUGAUGCCUUGAUAUUAUCAAUAAUAAUAAUAAUAAUAAUAAUUUGAAUUUUUUUAUUUAUUUUUAGUACAAAGGUGUGAUCAGUCUCUUAAUUUAAUAUUGUUUGAAUUUUUUUAUUUUUCCAUGAUUUUAUACAGAUACUCAAACUUAAAUAUAAAAUAUGUGUAAUAUUUUUAUGCAAGCAAUUUAAGGAGUAACUGCAGGUUUACAUAUUAGGGAAAGCUGAUAUGAACUACAAGCAAAUAGUAUAUUUUGCAAAUGUUAUACAAUGAAGACCAGAUAUAAUUAUUCCUGUAAUGUUUAAACAUAACAUAUAUAACCUAAUCUUAUUCCAUCAUUAUUAGUCCAAUGAUCUCUGAUGAUUUUGUGUUGAUUUUACAAAUAUAUUUGUAAUAGACUGGUUUUAUAUAUUUAACUAUUUUUAGGACAUUACCUAUGUGUUGUGGGAUAUAAUUCUGUAAUGUUUUCAUUUUUUAACUAAGAAUUUCCUCAAAAAAGAAAUACAACUGUUUCGUCCACAUAAAAAUGUACCAUUUUGAGAGCUACUAGAGAAUUUUUAUAUGCUAUAUUUAGUAUGCCAGUGGUUGGUAUUCAAAUUUACAUUCACACAGAAUCAGAUUACUGCCAGGCUUGUGGCAAACUAGUUUUUUUUUUUAGGUUUGCCACAGCAUACUCUUUGAAAUACAUUUUAAAAAUAAUGCUUUGUUAAUGUAGUGUAAGUGUAUUAUUGGAAUUAUUGUUAGUUUGCCCACAAAAUAUAAAUUUUCUUGAUUGAAAUUCACUGUGAACAUUCAUGCAAUUUUUAUACCAAUCCUCUGUACCGUCAGUUGGGGUAACAUUGGCCCUUUGAGGGUAACUUUGGCCCAAGACAAAAAAAAAUGUUAAACCAUGUUACAACUCUUCAAAAUAUUUAUUAGAUGUGAUGAUACAUAUGUUGUUACCCCAACUGACGGUACACAUUUUUAUGGCUGUAGAUUUUACCCAUGACAAAAAAAAAAGUGUAAUUUUACUAUAGUGGUUAAUUUUUGGAUAUUUUAAAAUUAAAAAUUUAGGUUUUGAUAUAAAAAUUGAAGACUUCUAGUUUUAACCACAAAAAAACUCUGUUUCAAUUCGAAAAUGUAAAACUUAGCAUGAAAAAAAAAUUUCAAAAGAAACACUUAACAUACUUCCACUUGCCACUUUGAUGACCAGCAAGCACUUAAACUUUGACAUGACGUAAAAGGAAUGGAUUUCUUAUGUCUAAUAUAAUGUGUAGGGUCGUAUAUUUUUAGCGAAAACAUUUUCGGACUGGCUGUGUGUUGAAACAACCUGCCACAUUAUCUGUAUUUCGUGGUUGGCUGGGUUUAGUUCCGGUACAUGACCACUGUCAGCACACCAUAGCCAUCCAGUGCGGAAGCAAAGGCAUCAUGAAUGGCACAACAAAACAGGGCAAUGACAUCUCUUGCAGAUGGCCGGUACUAACAAGGGAACAAUCGCUAGCGCAUGCAUACCUUAUUGCUGUCUAAUGACCAUUAAGAUUUUUUCACGAAAAUUACAUGCUCCUAGUAAUAUGCUAGCAUUUUCGUCCUGGAUGAACAAUGGCAUUAUGCUUCAGUAGUUUGUGUCAGCAAAUGGGCUAGGGUAGAGCUACUUGAUGCCUCCAAUCUGUGUUUCUUCACUUAAAGUUUUAAAACCCCUUUUUUUUAUCCUUCAUCCAACAUUUCCACUUAACACAAACCACCCCUGCGCAGCUUGCAGUGCGACACUGAGAUGCACUGCUCACGAGUUUGCUCUGUCAGCACACUCCUCCACCCCAUCCUGUUUGCUCGGGCACCAUUCGCCGACUCCCUGUCGACAAGGGCCUGGUGUUAUUCUCCGCGCAUCCAGACCAGUCUCAACGCUUUUGGACCUUUGACUGCCGGUGUGGGACAGGUGCUGCGUGCUGCUCUGCCUAAUGAUUGGGGACGAGAAUUCAUGGUUUUAUUUUUAUAAAUCCAUUUUGUUCAUAAAGAUAGUGUGUUUCUCAACCAAUGUUGAACUCAUAUUUUUAAAUUCAAAUUUCACCAGAAUAGUACCAUUUUGACUAUUAUGUGAUGCAUUUUUACGGUAAAAUAAUUUGUAGUAACUAGUAAGUAUGCCUAGGGAAGAACCAUUUGGAAUAAAGAUAAAUAUUUGCAGGUGUUUGUGUGUUUGGAAAAUGUACCAACAUUAGGAGUGUAAAUGAGUUACUAAUAAUGUUAUAAGAAAAUAAAGCUUAAACAAAGCAAAAUUAAUUUUUCCAAUCCAUUUUUACUUGCUACAUUUUAGUUCAAACUUUAUGCUGGCAAAAUAACAUUCUUUAAAGUUAAUACAUUAAAAUUAAAAUUGUUUACAUUUAAGUAAAGUUCUGGUAAAGCAUUUAUUGUUUUAUUGAUAUUAGUUGCAUUUCGGUGCUUUACUUGCAUUGUGAUGUUAUAUGGUGCAUUGACAUCUUUUGCAGUUUCAUUUCGGUUUUAUCGCAAUUCGCCAUAUAAUCUUGUCCCUACUAAUGAAAUGUCUUGUGUUGCAAUUGGUGACCAUUGAAUUAUUUUUUAAUAAAGGGAUUUUACAUCACACCCCAACGCACAAUGCCUUAUAGCAUUAUGGUGAGUGUACCUUCAAAAGAACAAAGACACUUGGGGUGUCAAAGACAUGCUCAGAAAUUUGAGUCAUGUCGGGGUGUUGGGAUCGAACCUGCUAGCUGCCCUUGUCACUAGAGAGUGACCUUUAGCGAGUAAGUUCUGAUUAAAUUACUAACAUAUUUGCAGUUUCAUGUAAUUAAAUUAUGGAGACAUCUCAUUAGGCCCACAUUAGCGAGUGUUUUGAUAAUCAAUACGAGGAUGCACAAAUAGCUGGUGAAUACAGAUAAGCAUUGCUCUCAAAAGUGGCAAACAAACUAUAGUUGCUCUUUGCCAUCUUGAUCAUUCUGGCUGACCAUCCACUUAGUGCUGUACCAGAAAGAAUACACCAAUGCUGUUAUUCAUUUCUUUUUUUUUUCUCAGCAGUAUUCUGUAAAUAUCAUGUCAAAUGCAGUCAGUCAUAUGAAAAAAUUGGUAAUGCUGGAGCCUGUUACUAUUUUUAAAGAAGUACAUAAAAUACACGUAAACCUUCACAUACACUAUAAAAGGCAGCUGACACGUGCACACUGCUGCCAAUAUUUGAUAUUUGCCGGUGGGCUAUGUGACGUGGCAUAUUGGGCUGGAAGGCAGGUUGCAGAUGUUGUCAAAUUUUUAUUUAUGACCAAUUGUGCCAAUAAUUAGGGCAGAUAUUUAAAACCAGUAAUUAUAGCCAAAAAAGAUAUUAAAUCCAUGAUGUCGGACUAUGAUCCUCUUUUACAUCCAGUGGUUUGUAUGAAAGACCAAUCAUCUCACUGUAAGUGCAUCAUUCAUAGCUAUGGUAAAAUCAUCUACUAGAUUUUACUGUAUAUCUACUAUUCUGAAGGAGUUUCACUGCCGUGCCAACUCUUGAAUAUGUACCCAUGUCAGCACCUUUCAUAUGAUAUGAGAUGUAACAGAAACUGCCUGUCCUGUUCAUACUUUUACAUUGUAUUGUGCUAAAAAUGUACGAAAUGUAAACUUAAAAUGUGAAACAAGCAUGGAUUGGAAUACCACCUACAUAAUAGAUGCUCAUUAAAAUUUUAAACAUCAUGAUAGCUUCUAUCAAAGUACAGAUGGUACACCUGUAUUUUGCACUGAGGUACAAAGGGAGUGGUGUUUGUUUGAAUUUUGUAUUCAAGUUAUUGUAUUUUAUUUUAAUUGACAAUUUUAUUAUGUUAAUUUUUUAUUAGUGUAUAUGGCUAUAUAUACAUGUUAAAAUUGAUAGUAUGUCAUAUUUUGAAUAUUUUUUUUAGUAAUCUUAUUUUAAUUACUUUGCAUUUUUUUCAUCUCACCAGAUUAUUUACAAGCACGUGCUAUUAUCAUGCAGUUCUCAUUACUGUCUUGUGCUGUAAUGUGUUACAAAGGUUUUUAAAAAAUAGGUAUGCAUUUUAUUAAUUAUUUUCCUUUCAAAAUAAUACCUAGGUUUUUUAUUUUGUUUUAUGUUGCACACAAAUUGUAAAAGAAGGUGUAGAUUUAAAGCUAUUUUUUAAUUUACCAUUAGGUUAUAAACUUAACAGGUAAGUAAAAUAUACAAACAUAUUUUUUUAAUCAGUAACAUUUCUUUAUUGUUCUUGUCAAUGCUUGAUAAUUUUUUUUUUUUACCCAUGGAGGUAUUUUGGCAUUUAUAUUGCUGUUAAAAUACAAUCGGAAAACAAUUUUCUGUAACUAAAGUCAUCUUUGUAAACAGAAUAUAGGUUUCAGGCCAACUUCUUCUUGUACUCAUGGAGUUUUAUAAUUUCAGCUCAUAAUAUACAAGGGUGGAUGAUUUCUUGAGUGAAGAGGUUGAAAGAAGUAUAAACAAGUUCCAAGGUUGAAAGAAGUAUGAAUAAGUUCCAACUAUAGGGUAGGGUUAUCAAAUUUCCCCCCUCCUUCUCCCCCCCCCCCCCAUCCCAAAAAAAAAAAUUUCUAUGGUUGAGGUUGAUUUCACGAAUUCACCAAAAAGUGUGUUAUCUUAGACUAUAAAUAAUAAAUAAUAAAAAGAACCAUUUUUUUUUACAAUAAAUAUGUUAUAGUACCUACUAAAUGGUUUUCCUUAAAUAUUAUUAUAGUGUGUUGGAAGGUAGAGUCAUUAAGUUUUUCUAUGCUUAAUUGGUAUCAACCUUAUUGUUAUUAAUGCAGAGAAUAAGAAUUAUUUUUGUAUGUUAUACAUAUAAAGGAUAUUAAAACAUAGUACAUAUUGUGUAUCUGAUUAUUAUUAAUCAUUACACUUUCAAAAAUAAUUCAUAUGCAAACAAGGCUUUUUACUUGUACAGGACUUCUAGUACGGCUUUAGUAUGAAGUAAAAUUUUUGUUAUUUUAUUUUGAGGUACCUAUGGUUAAUGAAACAUUUUUUGAAAUACCUGGUGCAAAGAGAUCUCCAUGAAAUAAAUAUUAAUUUAUAAUAAAUUCCUGUCUUAAUUUCAUUUUUUUAUUAUUUGAUUGAACUCAAAUGGAAAAGAAAACAUAACAAGUUUGACACUCGUGACAUUUUCUGAAACAGAGUGAAGCAUUCAUCACAUUGGAACAGAUCUAAGUUAUUAUGCUCCAUUUUUGAAUCAUGAUGUGUAGUGACAGUUUUGUCCCAUGCCACAGAAUAAACAGUAACAGAAGCGACAAAGUGGGUUUACCCGCGUACUCGCUCAUAGUUUGUUUACUUUUCGGUCUCCAUCUUUUCGGGGCGCGUUUAGCCAAUGCUGGGAUAGCAGUUUAGUCGGAUUUGAAUUAAGUACUGUAUUAGUUAAUGAUUGCGAGUGAAUUCUGGCAUUGUAAAUGAUUUAAUUAUGUAGGCUUCACAUUUGCGUACAUUGAUUAACAUUAUGCAAGGUUUUUUUUUUUGUUUUGUAUUGACGUCUAAUAUCUUUGUACAAACGUGUACACACAGAAGAUCUGACAAGAUGGACAAAAUAAACUAAACAAAAUGACAAUGAUAUUUUGUCCUCCCAUUAAGAGCUAAAAUUUACAGACAAGAAAGUUUCUUCAGUUAGUGUCAAUAAGAAAAUGGUUAAGUAAACUUAAAUGUUAAAUUAAUUUGUGUUAUGAGAUUCUACUUAUUUAACAAGCCAAAAAACGUAGGUAGCUAUUUAGGCCUACAUUAGAAAUACCUAGAUAUGAUGUGCAUUUACAAAGUUUAUUAUAAGUAUGUAAAUACAUAUUUUAUACGUGUUAACUACAUAACGUAGGGGCCAAUUAAAAGCAACGACUUAAAGAAAUUUACUCUCAACAAUAUUACAUUAGGCCUACAGGAAAAUAAAUCACACGUAUGUUAAGUGUGGCAUUUGUAAUACAAAUGGCAUAUUAAAUUAUAGACAAAAAUCACUCUACAUUUUGAUUACUGUAGUCUUAGGUGCAUUGUGGCAAAAAAUAAAUAAAUAAAGGCAUCGAAACACGUUGCAUGGCAGUAAGCACAGAGUUACACAAAUAUCACACAUUCUUUCCAGCAAACGAGAUAGACAAGAAGACGCCUACUGGCUUUCAAUCAUUAUUUAAUAACAUGUCGACGAGUUACACCAAAAAUUAUGCAUUCUUUCUGAAAUAAAUUUGUUCGGCAUUUACUGCACAAUUCCCUGAAUCACGGAACACAUGCUAGAAUGCGCACGAACUAGCUUAUUUAUUCCAAUACAAAAGAAUAAUGUUAAUUGGAAUCACGCAUGAAUACUCUAAAUACUAUGAAUUCAAACAUAUUUGUGAAAUUACGACAAAUUAUUGUAUUUACUACCACACAAACUGUUCAUUAAAUCAUACGCCCAUUACUUUCAAUGGGAAAACAUUGUUUAUUUACAUUCGUGUACGCCCCGAGAGCAUCAGAUUGCUGGUACGCACUAACCAAGGAUAAAACCACAUUUUGUCGCUUCUGUUACCAAUUGUUUAUUCUGUGCCCAUGCGUUGCAUGAUCAAACCCAUGCAGUAAUAAGUCUUUUUUCAUUUUGACUGUUUCUGUCUUGAAAGUUAAGCAUUGGUUGCUGUUUUAAAAUUGGGUUUUGGUCAUUCCAUUUGUUCAUGAGCACUGAUACGUAGCACUUGUGUUGUUUAAUGGUCCUUAACUUUGUUGGCACUCCAAAAGUUGGUUCCACUGUUCACUGGCUGCAUGGGAAAGUGCUGACAAGUAAGAUGAGAGAAUGUUUCAUUGUGGAGUUCUCAUCCGUUUCAGCAAAACCUAAUUAAUUUACAUAAUAUGAUGCUGACACUUAGUACUAACACAACUUGUACUAAACAAAUUGUAACACAUUUACUCUGUUUACUCUCUCUCAACAUAUUAAUCAAGCAUCUCAACUUUCUACUUGCAUGAACACAGUUGGUAAAUAAGACUCAAUACAUUAAUGUUACAAUUCUUUAUUUUGCAUGACUGCUCAUGCAUGUUGUGUUAACAAGAUGCAAGUAUGGUUGUGUGGCCCCCGGAAGCCCUUGCUGCGCUAUCCUUGUGUCUGCAGGCAAUGCGUGGAUGAGAUUGAAGGAGCACAUAGCACUGCUAGGUGGACUGUAUGCAUCCUGUGUUUUGGCAGGAGUGGCAAGUUUAAAAGUGAAAUACGUAAAUUGUUGAUUAGGUUCAUAAUUACAAAUAUGUGCAUAUUCCUCAAACCCCAGGACAUGCCAUAAGAUUGAGUGAGAUAGUCACGAACCAACUGCUUACUCUGCUGUCUCUGGUCACACACAAGGGUUGGCAACAUCAUUAUUUAAAAUUCUACAGUGAAAAGUUUUGUAAAAAUCAGUAAUUUAUAUAUUACAAAUUGAGAAUAAUAAUUUUAAGUAAAGUGUAAUGUAUGUGUGAUUUACAGUUGGCUGUAACAUUUUUUUGGAGAUGGCCAUUGUGUGAUAAAUUUACAACAAAAUCAAUCCAUUUAAGCAGUCUACCUUACAGUAGGCAAACAAGAAAAGUAUUUAUAAGAUUCCUAAGGAACUAGACAUUGAAGGUUAUCAGGGGGUAUUGAACUGACUUUCUGUACACAGAAAUACUUUUUUUUUAGUGUCAUUUUGUGUUCAUUUGUUGGAUUGGUUCUGAACUGAAACAAACAGAACAAUUGUGCUUCACUUCUCAUUACAAGCAAGAUUGUUAGAGAUGGUAACACAAUGACACAAAUCAGAACUAUUGGUGUGUGUUUAUGGAAGGAAUUUGCAGUUGAAUUGUAAGGAGUGAUUUUGGUAAUCAAUGAGAACCAACAAUUGGGAUGAAUGGAGCAGGAUCUGAAUGCAGGCCCUCUGGAUUGCAAGUAGCGUGGUUUUUAUUACCAUGUGAUGGACAUCAUGUAGGUACAUGCCCUAUGUAUCACACGCAUGCACUGCAUCCUACUGCUUGCUAUGAACAAUUCGUAAGGACAAGAUUUUAUGGUUUUAACUCAGGGACAAUUUUGUUUUUAAAACAGGAGAUUUCGAAGUUCUUGUUUUUAUUUUUAUAUAUUUUCUUUAUUCAUUAAACAAAAAUGGGAUAUUCAAAAAAUAUGAAACUAAAAUAUUUCUUAGUGCUUAUUUUACCAAAAUAGUCUCAUUUUGAUUGACAAAUGAUGCACAAAUGCAGUAAAAUCAUUAGUAAAAAGCAUUUCUAGUACAGAACUACUUAUAAAAAUAAAAAUAAAUUGGAGAUUUUUGUGUGUGUUUGAAACAUGUGACAUCAUUUAUGUAAAACGUGUUACUAAUGUAAGACACGCAAAAUUGAACAAUAUUAAUUAUUUUUCCAUCUAUUUAGGUAAUACAUUUUACUACAAAAUUCAUGCUAAAUAAAUUACAUUUGAUGAUUUUGUCAUGAUAAAACAUGAAAUUUUAAAUUUGGGUUACAUUUUGUCAAAAAGCUGAUUGAUUUCACAUUUUUAGUUAAAUUUUGGUGCUAAAUGGUGUAUUGACUUGCAUUUCAAUGUUAGAUAUAUUGAUAUUCUACAGCCAUUACAGAUACGUACUCGGUGUAAGCCCGUCGGGUAGAAAGCAAUAGCAUUAGUUGAAGGAUUGUGACCCAGGUCUCAAUUACUUAUAAAACGUAAUGUGUCACUUCAAAGAAUAUGUGGACGUUGCUUCUUGCAUUUAAUUAGAUAUUAUCUAAGAGGAAUACUUCAGUUCUAAUGUAACUUAUCACUGAAUAUUUCUGUGAACCUGGCAUGCAUGGAGUUAAAUUAACAGCGAGCUAUGGAAAGUAAUCCUACUACUACAUACGUUAUUUUAAAUAUAGUGUUCUAUUGGUUUGUCACUGAAAUUUGUUACAUUCUAUUUCAUAUAUAUAUAAUAAUAAAAAUAAACUUAAUCACAUAUUUAUGUUUCACACUUUCAUGUGAUUAGGGUUACCAGACGUCCGGCAAAAGGAGGACAUGUCCUCCUUUUUAUGUAUUUUUUUGCGUCCGGCCGGAUUUUCCUUAAUGCUCCAAAAUGUCUGGCUUUUUUAUAAAGUGAGAUAAUUCCUGCAGUUACACUCUGAGUAAAGCGCGCGCUGUCCGCAGAGUCAUCCCACUAGUAAGUAGUUCUAUGACAGCUUGACAGUUAGCAACACAUGCAGAAGCACGUGUUUUUAAUAUGCUGUAUAUUCGUAGUUUGUUUGAUUCUUUAUACUGAAACUGUAUUAAAUGCCAAAACAUUGUAAUAUAUUGUACUCCAUUGUAAUUAAUUCAUGGCUUUUUUUAAAAAAUAUAUUGUCCUCCUUUUUAGUGAAAUGCCCUCCUUUUGCGAGAUGAAUGUCCUCCUUUUUUAUUAUCAGUGUCUGGUAACCCUACAUGUGAUCCACUAUGGCAAGUUACUAAGUCCACAUCAGAUUUGAUUAUGGUGGAAGGUUGCGCUGUGAGUUGAAAGUAGAUCUUAGGAAGGGCUCCCUUCCCAAAUGAUUUUUUUGUGUGAACCAACUCUACAUGCAUUGUCUUUUUAUAAGUAAAAUGGUAGAUGGUAUUAAUGGUGUUAUAUUUUAGCAGAACUUAUUAAUUAUGCUGACAUCUAUUUGACACCACUGCUAGGUUGUGUUUACCUACGCCACAGCCAGUGCUCUGUGCACUGCAGUACAAGUCUCCUUAUCCCAAUGUCCUCGCUUAGAUUCCAAAAAUCACUGUCACCCACUUCUCAGGAAGGCUAUUUCUGUUUAAUACUGUUAUAGACUCCAAAAUAUUAAUUUUCAGAACUUUUCUCUCUUUUGAGAUUUAUAUUUAAAACACUAUAAAAAUGAGUAACUAUGUGACUCAUUUUCACAGUAAAAAUAUAUGUUUAUAUAAAUAUAUAUAUAUAUAUAUUUUUGUUUCUUUAAGUUAAAUGAAUUAUGGACAAAAUGAUUUUGGAGGAAACUUUAUUGCUGUAGGGUGUCUGACUGAGUUGUCAAUUUGUUUUGAAGAUACACUAGCCAAAAUAACCCUAGUCCUGAGACAAUCUACCUGAACUGCAAAUAGCAUUACAUGUUCUUAGGUUCAGCCCUGUUCAUUUCAGCAAUCAGCAGGCCCGUGCAAAGCUUUAACUAAGCGAUUCAAUUGAAGCACUUUUUGAUAUUCUAUUUGACUUCACCGGGAAAUUUGCUAUUCAUUUUAAUUGAAGCUUCACUAGUGAUGCAAAGCUUUCACAUUUAUUGCAAAACUUUGGAUGCUUAAGAUUCUUUCAUGAAAAAUAUUUAGUUUUUUUUUUGUGUUGUAUGUGUGUUGGUUAAAUUAAUUUGAUAAAAAAAAUUCAAAAGUUGGCACUCCGUUUGGUGUUUUGAAUGAUCAAUAUUAAUAUUAGGCAUAGUUAUUUUGUAAUUUUUAUUGAUGUUAUAUAUAUAUAUAUAUAUAGGGCCCAAUUGGUUAAUCACUUAAGGUUCAAACAUUACAAAUGUUAGACAAUUAUUUUUUUACUUCAAUCCUGUAUUUAUUAAAUAAGUUUAAUACAGCUUCGCCGAAAACAAUACAUAUUUGCAAUUUUAUUUGACUUCGCGAAUAUUUUAAACAUACAAUUUGAUAUUUGCUUCGCAUAAAAAAAAGCAUCGCAUAGGCCCAGCAAUCAGCAGAGCAGCUUACUGGAUUUUUAACAUUCAGCUGAACAUGAAUACCUAACAUUAGUGUGCUUCAUUCUUAUGCAAAUAACAUCUUCUCCUUACUUUUAACCCAGAAAUUAUUAUUAUUUUCAACCUGCCUUGCAGGUUUGAAAUUAUGUGACAAUUAUACGUUUGAAAUAAUUUGUUUUUUAUUUGUGGGACAUUUAUUAAGUUAAGUACUGGUAUGCAAGAAAUAUAUCUAAGUGAUAACAUAUAUCAACAGGAUUGAACUGUUAUUGAUUUUGCAUGCUAAGGUUUCUAGAUAUUUAUAUAAUGGAAGAUUUGACAUUGAAUAAACACUUGUAACUACCUAGCUAGUGAGAUGUAUUCAAAGGAAACAAAGUACGUAAUGUAAACAAAUAUUUUAAUGUCAACAAAUGCAAAGGCAUUAUGUGAUCGGAUGGUGGUGGAUUGUAAAUAAAUAAAACAUGAAGUGUUGCAAUUACAAAACUGCCAUGUAUAAUUUAUAUAUUUUCUGUAAAUUGUAAGAACUGCUUUUAAUAUCACGUAUGUACAUAACAUUAAAUUAGCAUGCAUGUUUACUGCACAUGUUCAUUGAUUGUAAAUUAUUGUACAUAGUAGUUUUAGAAAACUAAAAUUAACUUGUAUUUUUCACAUUGGUAUGUAAUAUAUGUUUGUAAAGUGAAUCAUAUGGAAAUAGGUACUGCAUAACAGCACAUAAGUCCACUAAACAUAUGCAUGUCAAUAGCAUGUAUGUAAGAUUUUGGACUGGGCUGUUUUUGUUUUUGUAAGUUGAUGUGAAUAAUUUGCAGCGUGAAAUAUGUGUCUGUGUGAAUGUUUGAAUGGGCAUUUGGAACUUUUCAUACAAUACAGAAAAUUGACACAGGUUACAUAGAGUACAUUCUAGCUUUGGCUGGCAAUUGAAACCUUGCAACUCCAUUUUUAACUAAAAUAAAUGUGUUUCCUUUCAUUGAUUCACAGCCAACCAAGAUGCCUCACAGCCUGUCGACCCACAUUACUUGUAGUGACAUCUGGUGUGUGUUUUCUGAAACCUCACACAUUCCCUUGCUGUGGUCCAGUCUUAAAACCUCACUGUCAGCAGGAGUUAAUUAGUUUUGAUUGCCAGCUAACGAUAGCUGAGUGCAGGCAAUUUCUUAUUGUUAGUUCAGUUGGAAAAAAACAUUUAUAAGAUUUUCACAUACAAAACUUUGUUUCAGAACUGUAUUAACUACCGUCAAGUGGGGUUACUUUGACCAAAUUUGUUAAAAAAAUGUAAAUAAUUCGUAAGCAUAUUGAUAGAAAGUAAAACCAAACAUAGCACAUUUGGGGCUGGCACUUAAGCUAACUGUGCAAAUGUGUACAUCUUAAUUAUCUCUCAUUAAUUUGGAACAGGAUUUUUUUUUCUAAAUGGUCAAUGUUAUCCCUUGUGUGGGGUAACUUUGACCACGUGUUAAAAACCUCAGGUUGAGGCAUCCUGAGUCAUAGUAACCCCACAGGGAUGAAUGAUUGACCCUUUAAAUGAUAAAAUGUAGCUUUAAUAUUGUUAUAUACUAUAUUUUACAUUCUGUUUUACUUCAAACUAAGAAUGUUAAACAUAAAAUAUUCAAAUAUUAUAAUUAUAGGUGUCAUGCAACUUUAAUAAUGACAUAUUUAAAAACUAGGAACCAAUAUUUCACAUAAAAUAUUUGUAACACAUUUAACACUUGAACAUAAAUGUUUUCAAAGUUUUUCACAUCAGUAACACACACUUAGUUUAUAUCAAAUCCUCUGAGUUCAUCCUGUAAAAAAAUGCAAAUCACGUUUCAGCUGAUCGGGUUUGCUCAGCACACUGACAACUUGAUCCCUUGAAAUCACACUCUCGUCAAGAAUUUCAGGCCACACAAAUUUACCAGUAUUCCUUUGUCGUUUCAGGAAUUUCACUUGCAAUUCGGAGUUGUCCCCAACAAAAAAUCUUGCGUGUUUUGUGCAUAGUUGGUAUCCACGAGACCACAAAAUCACCAGGGUUGAUAUUUUGUGAACUGGUUGCCUGUUCGCUGUUUGUAGCCUGUUCUGUGGAUGGUUCCGAUGAAUUGUUGACAUCACUGUCAUUACUAGAAACAGAUCCACAUGGAUCAUCAACCAAUUCCUCUUUGGCAAAAGAACCACUGUCCUCUCUGGAAAAUGAUCCACACGGAUUAUUACCAAUGUCUUCUACUCCGACACUCUUCCCAGGUAUUACAUUUACCUUGGUGCGUUUUCUUCUGGGUUGUGAAGUACCAUCAUUACCAUGCCUCAUGUUUUGUAGCAUUUCAACCACCACUUCAGAAACCCUAGGCAUAAUUUCUUCCAAAUCUGUACUUCCUCCUGGGGCAAUUUCUCCAAAACUUCAUCAGGGUUAAAAGGACUUAUCCCACACUUUCUAAAUCCAGAUAUAAGGUUUUAACUACAGCCAUCUUCACCAGGACCGUUCACUUUGUCAUACAAAAACUUUAACAAUGAAGGGAAACUGUCUUUUGACAGAGUUUGAGUUUUCUUUUUCAGCCCAUUUUUCCAGUUAUCAAGAAUUUGGUGCCAGUAUUUUUUAAGAGGGCCAUAAAGGCUUACCUACCUUUUGCUCAUGUUUUGCGUGCAGUCGGUUGAUGAAUGUACCUUUUGCAAUUUUGAAGUGUUUUGCAGCUUGUGUUAUGGACAUUCUUCCUGCUUUUACUUCGGCCAUUGCAAUGUUGAGGACAUCUUUAGAAAUACUAUUGUAUUUCCUAUUGAGUAGUUCUCUAAUAUACUUCCUUGUAAUGAUCUUCCUGUGAACAGAUUUACAAAACAAUGUAGAAGCUGGUGUACCUACCAUAUUAAAAAAAAAUAUGAAUAUUAUUUUGACACUGGGGUUACUUUGACCGGUCAAAGUAACCCCAUUUCACAUAAAAAUAUGCCAUGUUUUAAUGAAUUAUGAAUACUGCAUACUAAACAUCCAUGAGCAUGUAAAUAUUUAUUGUAAUCCAUUCAGGAUAAAUAAUUUGUACUUACCAAAUCGUAAAACAAUGAGAAACUGUGAAGAUUUUCUUUCACCAUGCAGAUUUUAUCUGGCUUCUAAUUAGCAUCAAAAAUAACAGAUGAACAUCAUAGAUAACAUAAACAUAAAAUAUUAUAUAAAGCUUUUUUAGUCCUUAGAGAACAUUUAAAAGAGUUCACACAAUGGAAAGUACGCCAUGUUUGAUAUGAUAAUUUUCAUACAAUUGCCACCAGAGGUGCUACAAUAUUUUAUUACUUUUUGGUCAAAGUAACCCCAGUGGUCAAAGUAACCCCACUUGACGGUAUCUUUCAUAGCUUUGUACUGCCACCAACAAAAUUUAAACUACGCCUUUUUACAGUAACAGGAAUUGGGUACUGAAUACUAGUUGUUAAGUUUCAUGUAGUCAUGUAUAGCUUAACUUCUGCUCAUUUGUGUAUAGCUUCUCAUAUUUCAGAGGCCUCAACUUAUACAUCCAUCUGCCUGAUUUAAAAAAAGCAAAGAAAAUAACUGACUAGAAGGGAAACCUAAGAUGUCACAAAAAUUUAUUUCAUGAUUCAGCCUGUGACAGAUUAUUUGUAAAUUAAAUAAACCUUUCUUUUAUUUCAGUUACAUUUCCUGUGUAAAGAGAUACACAAAAUGUUGAAUGGAAUUGAAAUUGUAAUCUUGCAAUUUGGUUUCCACCCAAUGACUUAACUCUUCUCAAACCUUUCAGCUUCAUCUUAAGUUUUACUGUCACUUACACUUUCAGUACCUUACUCUCAAUCCCAGUCAACUCCCGCCUGCCCAGGCGCUCCUCAAAAGCAAGUGUGCUUUCCUUUCCAUUCUGCUCCACACCCUCUGUAUCUUUUAUUCAUGGUCUCUUUCUGUUUCCUUGAACAGUCUCACCAGCCUUACCUGAGUGUACCUCCCUUCAGAUCUCUGACCAUCACGGAAGGCCUGUACGUAUCCUCCUCCUCUUCCUUUUCCCCUUCCACAUCACCUCGUACACUUCUCUGUACCCGUACCUCCGUCACCAGGUGCAAGUCCCACACCAGCUUCUGCCUGAACGAUGGGAAGCCUUCGGGCACCCUCCUAGUCAGAUGUGUGUGUGUGAGUGAGGCGGGAUGAUAGGUGCGACGCUCGCUGGUGCUUCUAGCGCGGUAUCAACUCUUAAGCGCAAGGCUGGGGACUGGCGUGCAGUCUUCUCGUCGUGCAUAGGGAAACUAUGAGAUGUGAGCGGUAACUAUAACGUUAUAUGGCAGAGAAAUUAAGAUAAAGAUGUAAUGCAAGGCCUUUGAAUGAUUUCAAGAAUAUCUACCGAGUGUUUUAUCCCUAAUAAUUAUUCUGAAAACGCAAGUUUAAGCAAUUUUCACUCAUAAUAUUACAGUUUUAAAGCAAAAUCCGGAAACAGAACUAGGUAUUUAUCCGGCCUCAUCAUAUUUGUAAAUGAUUUUCAAAUAGAUGUCACUAUGAUAUCUUGAGCAGUUUUUCAAUCGUGUGGUGUUUUCUGCAUCUCUGCACAACUGUGUGUGUGCCCGGUAGAUGGAGCCCUUAGGCUUUCUUCCUGUCAGAACAUCUUCAAACACUUUGUCGUGAGCAACAGUUUUAUAAUUUCCUUGUAGCAUGUUCAAUGAGCCACAAUGCUUGUAACUGCAAAAGAAGCUACAAUCUCCAGUAGAAAUAAAAUAAACUAAAAUUGGUGAAAGCUGUUUUAACUUUGUGUUCUCCAUUUUCUAAAAUGCUUUCAUGCUUUUUUUAGUAACUAAGCCAGUCUUAGGUGCACUGAAAAUGUGACUAAUGUUCUGAUCACCACAAAAUAUUUCUGUAUGCCACAAUUCUCAAAGUACCAACCUUACAAUGUAAAAAGGUUUACUACCAAUUGUUUUCAAUUUAUUAAUAUUAUUACAACCUAACAACUUAAAAUCUUAACACAUAUGGAAAUAAAAUAUAUGAUCAUGAUGAGUUGUGUAUGGCAUGUAUGUGCUUAAGACCUACAUUUCAAAUUUGUUAAUUUAAACAAAAUGUGAACAUCAUCAUACUCCGUAUCUUUUACAGAUGUUAUACAAUAAUAAUGUAUAAAUAAUAGUUAAAGCAUUUCUUUAAUAUUUGUUCCAUUCUGUGUCAAAUUAAUUUUACAUGUUUUUGAUAUUGUAAGCAGGUUUUAGUUUUUAUGUACAGUGUAAUGCAUUAGAAGAGUUAUUAACUUAACUGUGGUUGGUGGUUGUAAAUUGUGAUAUCUCUUUAUGUAAAUUGUGGUUCUUGUAGGAAAUAAUUUCUUUUAGGGGCUAUGUACAUAUAAUUCUGCUCAAUUGGUGACCACAGACUGAUUUUAUAAAGACUGAAAAAUUACAAAAGAAAAAAAAUUAUACCUUGAAAUGCAGACUACACAGUGUGGAAGUUUAAAUCAGUUAAUUGUUGGUUGAUGCUUAGUAAUUUUUAUUUAAUGAGUUGCUUUUCAUAGUAAUUAUUUUUAAUAUUGACACAUUUUUUGUUUAUUUCUCUUUGAAAUUAUUCUUAAGUUGAAAAUGCCAUUUUUAAUUGAAGUUUAGAUUUAAUCAAAUAAAUCCUGUUUGAAUAAAAGUUUAAGGGGCCUACAUUAUGUGGAAUGCAUAGUAGAGGCCACGUUCUCCUUAAAAGUUAGGAUUGUUCGGUGAAUUUUGGGAUGAUGUAUGUAAGUUACAGUAAUCUGUAUUCUAGUGGCUGUUAAUUAUCAGAAAUAUGGAUCUCUCAAUCUUCAGAUAUGGGCAAUUUAUUAUUUGUAGUUAAUAUUCCCUCUGUCCCAUACAAGAUAAUUCAUGGACGUUUUGCAAUUUAUCUAUGUAUUUAAUUGAUUAUGUUUUUAUUUGCAAAUUCAUUUCAGAACUUAUGCCUCCAAUGCAUAAACAGAAGAAACUGCUGCUAUGCUAUUUUAGAAUGAGCAGAGGUGCUAAACAUAUAAAAUACAUACUACUAUACAGAAAAACACAGGAAUGAGCUAAACAGUGUCUGGAGUGAAUGUGGUUGCCUGAUGGGACAGUGGUGAUAAAUUUGUUUCUUUCAGAAAUAAAUGAGAAACUAUAAGUUGUAAUAUUGAGUGCAAUGAUUUGGUCAAGCUUUUGAUUUAUGUAUCUUUGAAAUUAAUGAUGAUAAUGAUGAUGAUAAUAAUAAUAAUAAUAAUAAAGAAAUGGAUGCAAUUAUAAAAAUAAA